GAAUUCUUAGUAUUUAUUAUUUCUUUUUAGUAAUUCUUUAUGAUGUUAUCAUAAAUACUCAUAUAGUAAGUAUAAGGUUUACUAUCAAUGUCAUAAAUUAUAAAAGCCUAUCAGUUAAGUUAGGUUAUCUAUGUAAAUUCUAACUUCAAUAAUAUAAUAAUAUUACGUUGCCGGAAAUAUAUAACAAUAAAAUAAAUACAAUAACUAAUGUAAUAAUUUAGUGUAUUAUUAAUAUCUGUGUGCACAAGAAUUCGUUAUCCGCAUGAUUGUUGAGCUGCCAAAAAAAUGGCGUGGCACGUUAUUUAGUGAUGCCAUCAUACCAUGGUCAGUCAAACAACGAGCUCAUUUCGGAAAGAAUAUAUGAAAACUUUUGUUCAAAAUGUAGGAUUCUAUUAAAUUGAAUAACCACAAGUGACGUCAAGUUUUAUUUUUAUUUUUAAAAGAUGCGGUGAACAUCAUUUAGUGGCAUAUCUAAAAGAUGAAUUGCAUUCUUCCCACAACAAAUUUAUAUUUAAAUAAAUGCAUUUUUUAUUCCAAACGAGUUUUCAUUUUUUCACUAUUGCACAUUAUUUUAAAUUGUCUCGUUUUAAAAUCAGCGUUUCGAGAAGUCACACACAUUUGAAGAAGAUUGUUUAGUACAAAAUGAACUCGCGAAUAGAAAAUUAUAGGUAUUACAUCAACUUAAGAACAUUCAUUCCAUAAUAAUUAACCGUCUUAAUUUUAAAAAAAAUGUAUUUUUUUUGUUUAGUGAUGAAAAUAAUUCGUUUUGGAAAAAGCGCAGGAAUCUAGUUACAUUUCUAGCGUCUCUCGGAUAUUUCAAUCUCUACGCCCUUCGAGUGAACUUAACCGUAGGAAUCGUAGCCAUGACAUCGUCCACGAACAACAGGGUAAGUUUACAAACAAACUUUUAAAAUACCUAUUGUAUGAUAACGAAAAUAAUAUAAAAGUGUUUGGUUUAUAGUAGCAGGUGGACCAAAACAAAAAUCAUAUUUUUUUUUCACAGACGUAUUUUUAUAUUUUAUUUAGGCAAGAGUAACAAUACUAUCAAAUUAUAUUUCAUAAAAAAAAAAAAAAAAAAAUGCUAGUUUGCGAUCAGUGAUUUAGGAUGGAUAACGCAUUGUAUUUUUUUUUACGGUUUAAAUUAUCGCUGAACAAAAAAUUGCAUGAAGGUAAAUUUUUAGAAUUUAAUGAGGAACAAAUAAAGGUUUUAAACGAGAAAUUAAGUAUUAACAAACUUAUUAGCCGUGAAAUGUAAACAUUUACAAAAUGUUGAUAAAUCAUAAACUUAAAAUUAGUCUUGAAAAUUUUGUUUUAUGCAAUCUUUUACAUUUCGUGAAUAAUAACGUUGUCAAUACUGAUUUUCUUCUUAUCAACUAUAAUACCUUAUUUGUUCCUUAUUAGCUAUUAGUUAUUAUAUUCUAAUGAUUUACCUACAUACCGUUUUUUUGUUCAACAAUAAUUUAAACCGUAAAAAAAAAAACAUACAUAUAAAUCACGUUAUUCGCCUAAAAUUACUGCUUGUGAACUGCAUUUUUUGUUUAUGAAAUAAUAUUCGAUGGUAUUAAUACACAUGUAAAAAUAAAAUACAAAGAUAUGCCCGCGAAAAAAAUUAUUUUUUUUUGGUUUACCCUAUAAUGUAUAAUGUAUAUAGAUAAUAGAUUGAGCUUUUGUUUAAUAGACGGCCGAGUUUGAUUGGGAUUCGAAACUCCGCGGUACCCUUUUGAGCGCGUUUUCGUACGGAUACAUAACCACGCAAAUGGUCGGUGGUACACUGAGCACCAGGUUUGGCGGUGUCAAAUUGAUGGGCUACGGUGUAUUGGUACCUGCGUGUUUGACAGUCCUUACCCCAUUUGCUGUCAGAUAUUCGGUUUAUCUGGCGAUUAUUUUCACAGUUGCCGUGGGAGUGUUCCAGGUCUGUGGCAGUAUAGAUAUGUGCACCCUGUUUAAUGUAUAUAUAUAUAUAUAUAUACAUAUUACAAAUUAUAGCUCCAAUCGGGUAGAUAUUUAAUUGUGCGGUGAAUGGUAACCCAAACAAACGUUUAUUCAAAUUUAUAAAACGUGUAUAAAAUAAUAAAGUAAAAACAAAAUUAUUAAAAUGGUUAAUACUCGUAUAUAAAUAAAGUAAAUAAAUAUAUAAACAAAAAAACGUAUAUAUAAAAAUAAAAUUAAUUAAUUACUCAAUGCGUCGUCUAGAGUAUUAUAAGUGAUAUUAUAUACGGUCGGAAAUUUUGUUACCAAACACUUCGUCAAGAUUAAAUCUAAAUUGAUAUUUAAUAACUUCACCUUAGAAGGAAUUUAAGAUGCUGUGGUUUAUCUUAUUUACUUUUCCAUAUUUUUGAUUCAAGUAUGGAACAUAUUAAAUUUGAAAGGGCAUUUAAAAUAACCGUAUGUGAUUCAUAUAAUUUAUUGUGUACCGAGAAAUAUUCGAAUUUUAAUAAGAUCAAUUGUUUAAACAAUAUUCGAUUUGAUCGCCUGGUAUUCCAUAUAAUAUUUGGUAACGCGAUUGAGUACCUGUGUUACCUAUGGUACCUAUGUUGGUUGUAUAGCAAUGAAACCAGUAAAAUGUCAAGGUUGCGUAUAAAAUGAUUACACAAUUGUUAGAAAUAUUCGAUAUAUUUUUAUGAAUUUCAAAAAAUAUCAAUUUAAGUUUUAAAUUUGAAAAUUAAUAAACUAAAAAUCACAAUUACGUAACAAUAUAUAUUAUGUUAAUUGAAAAAUUAAAAAAACAUUUUUUGUACAAUAAUAACUUGUUUCCAAAGUUUAAAAAUAUAAUGUAUAAUACAGUUAGUUUGGUAAAGACUUCAUCAAAAUGUUUAAAAUUCAUAAUUUAACUACUAAAUUUUACUAAUAAUAAUAAUAUGUAUACAAAUAUAAGAGUGAAAAUUUGCAUUACACAAUAAUCAUUUUAUAUCGUUUCCAGUUGCGUCUAUGUCUUAUGUAGUACUAGCUUCCCGUUCACGUGAACACUAUUAUCACUUAUCUGGGUAAUACAUUAGUUUAUUUUUUUGUUUCAAGUAUGUUAUUAAAUCCUCAAAUGUUUGAAUAAAAUAAGUAUGCAAUUUAAUUAUAUUAUGUAGGUAAACAGUUAAUUAAAAGUGUUUAUUUUACAAUCUUGGGUAUCCUCGGAAAUAUUUAUCAGAGACAAAUUUAAUUUAAAAAUGCACAAACCAAAUUAUUUUUCAUAAUUACCUACCUAAUUUUCGUUUAUAAAUUACAAAUAUUUGGACGGCUUUGUUAAUUCGUUUACUGACCAGUACCAAUAUUUAUAACUAUUGUUCCUUUAUAUUAUAAGUAAUUCAUAAUAUAAUGGAAUGUUACGAAACCUACUUCUGAUACCUUAAAAUAAACUGCUGUAAGUAACUGUAAAUUAAACAAAUAACAUAUUUUAUAGUUAUAAUUUUUAUUAACUAUUCAUUUUUAAUAAUUUUAAAUUAACAUUAAUUUGAAUUAAGUUAGUUGUAUGCAAAAUAAAAUUCUGAAAAGUGAACCUCAAUGGCCAUAACCACCAUUAUAUGCUAAAUAUACUAAAUUUUACUUUACAGUUACAGUUUUACUUAAAUAAGUAUUUAUUAUAGUUAUUUUUAGAUGCUGAGUUUAGCGAAGAAUGUAUUGGUUUUGCAAUGAUGGUUAUUUUUUUUUUUAUGUGCACAGUUUUUCUACCAGAAAGUUUACUAAAAUUAUCAAGUAUAGAACCUUUUCUGAACAGAAAUGUUCUUUGGUGGUACUUUAAAGAGAUCAUUUUUUAUAAUUCUCAUUAAUAUUCAAGAUAAUGGAAAAAACCUGGUUUUUAGGUCAAAAAAUGUUGAAAAAUUAAAAAUAAGGUUGUUAUUGGCAAUCGUUUUUAUUUAUUUUUUGUUAUUAUCCGUUAAGUUUUUAUGAUUUUCAUAUUUUUCAAACAAUCAUUGUUGUCAUGGAAACGCACAUUGUUGUAACCAUUUUACCAUAUGAUUCAUACCGUAUAUUGUAUUGUUGACAAAGCAACACUAUCAACUGAACUCCACUCAGAAUCGGUUUUUCGUUAUCAAUGGUUUGUCGUUGCUUACAGAUAUACAUUCAGUUUCCAUUAGUAUCCUACCUUUCCAACUUCCCCCCUACAAUAGUGGCUGCAUCCACAUGCGAAGUAUGUCCGUCUUUUUAAUUAUGUGAACGUCAAUUAUACAUAAUAUGAACAAACAUUAAUAUCCUCCUUACUUUCUAUAAGUAACUAAUAUUUGGUUAUAUGUAUAUUGUAUUGACCAAUUAUAUUGUAUGAACUUCUAUUGAAGCACAAAGAUGAUAUUUUAUUUUAAAAUACCAAGUGUACUAAAAUAUCCAACGUAUAAAAUAAAAAAAAAUUCGUAGAAUAUACGCAUAUUAAUGUAAAGUUAUUAAUAGUAUUUUUUUUUUUAUAUAUACUUCGCCAAAUUACAUGGUUAUGAAAAAAUAAAAAAUAAAUCCCCCAUUAUAACAGUUAGUUUCAAUGCAACUCAUGGUUGCCGUCCACAGACAUAUUCCAAAUCAAUGGCUCUGACAUAUUCUAAUUUCUAAUAUAUAUUUGUAUUAUUCGUAUAAAUAGGGAAUCUCGUAUCCGAGCAUAAACGCCGUGUGGUCGAGGUGGGUACCACCGGCAGAGCGCACAAAACUAGCGUCGUUUGCCUUUUCCGGUAGUAUCAUGGGCAUGAUCGUCGGAUAUGCGGUCUGCGGAUGGUUGGCCGAAAACUAUGGCUGGGAGUAUGUGUUUUACGUACCGGGUGAGUCGAAUCUGAGUGGUAUGACGUCCGUGGUCAUAAAAAAAUACUCUGGGACUUUUUGUGGCAACUAAUGUGUCCUAGACGAUAAUAGCAUUCUUUUUUUUAUUAUUAUUCAUACAGGUGCCGUGGCGCUACUGUGGAGUAUCAUUUGGUUAGUGUACAUCGACGAGUCUCCAAUAAAAGAUGAUCGUAUUUCCAAAGAAGAACUCGAAUACAUUGUCAGUUCAAUAGGUCCGACUGACGUUAACAAAACAAGUACAGGCGUUUUUCAAGAGAAUUUCUUUUAAAUUAUUUGUUUCACACAUUUAUACUUUGAGCAACAUCGUUUUUGUAACGUGUAUGCAUUGUCUGGUUUUAGUCGGUUAUUUCAAUUACCCGUGGAAAGACCUAUUCAUGUCGAUGCCAGUGUGGGCGAUUCAUUGCGCUCAUUUUUGCAACAGUUGGGGAGGAUACACGUUGUUAACCCAGUUGCCGAGCUACAUGAACGGUAACUAUUAUAAAGCAUAUUACCCUGCUGUUUAAAUGUAAUAGGAAGAAAGAAAAAAUAAAUUAAUAUUCCGAGGUAUUUAUUUUUCAUUUUCUUUAUACGUCAUUCUAGCAUAUUAUGUGUUAAAAGUCUGAAAAUAAAAAACAAAAUUACACGUACUGUACGUAUAUAUUUAUAUAUGUAUUCGUGCGUAUAAAUCACGUAUAUACAUCGAAAUUUUAAGGAGCCUUAACCGAUUACAAGUACCUCCAUAAUAUGAUGUCAACAAAAUGUGUCAUUAUAUUGAAAUAAAUCUAUUUUAGAUUCCGAGCGCUACAAUGAAUGCAUUGGUUUUAUUAACUGAGAAAAUCCGGAAAACGCGAUUUUUCACGGCAUUAACAGUUUCAAUAUUUUCGAUUUAGUUUAUUUGUUAAUCAGGUUUGAAAUAAUUGUUAAAAACCUGAAUGGAUGAAAUGUUUACAGAAUACUAAUAGGUAAACCUAAUCUUUUCUAAAUGUAGCGAAAUUUUCAAAACAUUCACGCGUUGUUUUUUUUUUCUAGUUCGACAUUUUUUAGUUUUACAUGGUUUUUGGCAAAUAAAAUUAUUUUGGCUGAGCAGAAAUAAUUGAAAAUUUUUCUCGAAGAUCACCAUACGUUGAACUUUGUGAUUAAAAAAAAAAAAAGUCAAGCGUAAUUUAAUCAUUUUUUUAACAAGUAUUUUAAGUUCAAAUUUUGACGAAAAUCAUUACUUUUACUUGUAUUAUUUCUUAGGUACCUAUAAACUGUGCUUGAAUAAUAAUUGGAAUCACGGCUUUGACAUUUUCUGUUAUAUUUUAAGAGAGAAUCACACUAAACUACAUAUAGACAUGUAUUUUUACAUUUUAAAAGUAUCAUUGAAAUCUUCUUACGAUCUUUAUUAUAAUAAAAAUAUUAGAAUUUAAAAAUAUACUGACGAAUGAUUAAAUGAUUAAUGAUUAUUAAUUAAUUUUAUGAUCAUAUUAUGUGUGUAAUGUAUGUAAAUGAUUCAUAAUAUUCUAUAGUUGAACGUGUUUUGUAUUAAUCCUAUAGCGUUAAUUUUUCAUCAAUAUUGUACAAAUGUUACCCUACGGGUUUUCCUUUCCUGUAGUACUUCAGAACAAAACCUCUAUGAAACCAGAUGUAAACAACCGUAAUGUAAACCUUUCCUACUGUCCACAGAUGUAUUGAAAUUUGACAUCGGCAAAGGAAGUUAUCUAACGGCAUUGCCGUAUAUCGGUUUAGCUAUUAUUAUUCAAACGACUGGAUUCCUUGAUUUUUGGCUUAAACGACGAAAAAUACUUACUACAACGCAAGUAUGUUAAUUUGUAAACAGUUAAUUUGAUAAAAAUUAAAAAUAUGUGUACAUAUUAAUAUUAUUAUUAUAAAUUAUACAUGUUAUUUUAUAUUGUUAUAAUUAUAAUUGUUCGAAAUUCAUUGAAUUCAUAUUUUGUAGGCAAGAAAGCUCUUCAAUAGUAUUGCUUUCCUAAGUAGAACCGUUUUCUUGUAUUUGGCGGCGUACUCCACAACAGAACUCGAAUCUAUAAUUUAUUUGACACUAUCCGUGGCCCUCGGAGGAUUCAUUUCCGCCGGAUUUAUGUAAACGCCCGCCCGUCCAGUGGCAAGGACAUUUUGUUUGAUUCUAUUUCCAUUUUUAUUUCAUUACAGGGUUAAUCAGUUAGAUAUAGCGCCGCAAUACGCCAGUCUUUUGUUUGGAAUAUCCAACACGUUUGGAACCAUACCUGGCUUUGUCACGCCGAUGCUGACCGGUAUUAUUGUGCAGAAUAAAGUAAAAUAUAUUAAUACGAUAAUUAUUGUGUUCUUGAAAUUUUAAAAAAUGUUUCUAUGAUAUAUUUAUUUAUUAUCUGAAUAUUAUAUGUUGAAAUUUUAGAGCGCAGACGAAUGGAAAUUGGUGUUUGUAAUCGCAAGUAUUGUGCAUUUAUUCGGUGGAAUAUUCUACUUUAUAUUUGCAAGUGGUGAACGGCAAACUUGGGCUGAAAUUUCGUAAACAUUGUUUCGAAAAUGAUUGUUUGUCUCUUAAAAAAAAACAUGUGGUAUAUAUUUUAUUAUCUAUUACUAUAGUUACCUAAAUAAAACAGUUGUCCGAUUAAAUGUUCAAUUCAAUCAAAUAAAUAUUAUUAUAAUAAAUCGAGUAGCCGCAAUUUUGUUAAAGAUUAUUUUCAAAUGUUUUCAAAAUACGUUUUCGAAUAAUUAUGUGCAC